AUGCAAGAAGAAGAAGAAGAAGAGUAUGUUUUGAUUGAUCUGGAUGGCGUUGCUGACAUUCACAUUCCUCCCAAUGCGCCAUACGCUCUCUCUGGUCUGGACACUCUCAACCCAAUUCUCGUUAUCGAUAAUAAAAUUAAGCUGAUAGGAGAAUAUGAAGAAACAGUUGGGACUUGCCUUGUUUUUAAUGAAACUGAUGCUGCUCCCGUGGUUCACGAAGAGACUGGGUCAUCUGAGGGCAACCUUUUCGCAGGAAAAUGCAUUGUAGACCCAAAAUCCCCUGGCAAGCAAGUCAAUCCAAUUGCACGUCUUCAUAAGGUUCUCAAGUUCAGACAAUUUUCAGAAGCUGUGAUUGAAGAUGCAACAGACAAUCAGGCAAAUAAGCCAUCAUGA